GUUCUAUUAGAGCUGGAAAAACUAAAUUAUUAAAUUUCUUAGCUAAAUAUUUACAAAAUAAUGGAAAAAAGGUUUUAAUUAGUGAAGAAAUGUCUUUAAUAUUGGAAAAGGAAUUAUCUAUUUACUAUAAAGUUUUAGAUGUGGAUCCAAAUGAUCAAUCAAUAGUUUUUUGGUUUCAAGAUUUGCUUAUUGAUGGAUAUAAAGAGUAUUAUGAAAAAUAUAUUUCUUUAAAAAGAAUUUUUGAACAUGAUCAUAAAUUGAGAGAUGAUGAAGAAUAUGAAUUUUCAAAAAAAGAUGUAAAUAAAAAAUAUUAUGAAUCAAUGUAUAAUUCUUACAAAACACAUAUGGAUAAAGUAUAUCCUUCAUGUUUUUUAUUUGAUAAUAAUGAAGAUUUAAGUGAUGAU